GCUUGCAUACACACAAAUACCUCUCCAAACUCAGUAGUGUACCAGAAGCAAAGCUGCUUUUCUUGGCUGCAAGGCAGACUUGUCAAACGGUCACACAGGACGUGAAAGAUGGUGCGUGCGAAGAUUUGGAUCUUGAAGAAGCACUUUGAGGGAUUUCCUAAGCACAGUGAUUUUGAACUGAAAGAGGUGGAACUACCGCCACUGAAGGAUGGAGAAGUGCUGCUCGAAACUGUGUUCCUCAGUAUUGACCCAUAUAUGAGACCAUACAGCAGGAUUCAUCUGAAGGAAGGGGAUACAAUGUUGGGAUCCCAAGUUGCAAAAGUUCUGGAAAGCAAGUGUCCCGCGUACCCUGUGGGUUCCUUCGUCAUAGCGAAUUCAGGCUGGACCACUCACUUCAUCUCCACAAGCAAAGGGAUGUCGCUCAUGCUGCCCGGAUGGCCAGAAAAGCUGCCACGAUCUCUGGCUCUCGGAGCUGUCGGCAUGCCGGGGCUCACUGCCUACUUUGGCCUGCUUGAGGUCUGCCGGAUGAAACCUGGAGAUACCAUCCUGAUCAACGCUGCAGCUGGAGCUGUGGGGAGUGUGGCCGGGCAGAUUGCGAAAAUAAAGGGUUGCAAAGUGGUUGGCUGUGCAGGUUCGGACAAGAAAGUGGCCUUCCUCAAAGAACUUGGCUUUGAUGAAGCCUUCAACUAUAAGACGGUGGGGUCUCUGGAAGAGGCCCUGAAGAAAGCUUCGCCCGACGGCUAUGACUGCUACUUUGACAACGUCGGAGGCGAGUUUUCCACUGUUGCCCUGGGCCAGAUGAAGAAAUUUGGGAGGAUUGCUGUGUGUGGCGCCAUCUCCUUGUACAAUGACACAGUGCCCCAGAAAGGACCUUAUAUGCAGCUUGUUAUGAUCCUAAACCAGUUGUGCAUGGAAGGGUUUGUAGUCUCGCGCUGGGCGGACAGGAAAGAGGAAGGUCUGAGAGCACUGUUGAAAUGGGUUGAAGAGGGGAAAAUUAAGUGCCAAGAACAUAUCACCCAGGGCUUUGAAAACAUGCCGGCAGCAUUCAUGGGAAUGCUCAAAGGAGAAAACACUGGGAAGGCGGUCCUAAAAGUUUGACGGGCACGUGGCCUACGCUGGCAAGAAAUCCGGCACAAUAAAUGACUACCCCCCCCUUUUA